GCCGACAAGGAAUCUUGGUUUGUUUCAAGGCAUCUCUCGCAGAAACUUUGAUUCAAGUCGUUCCCCAAGAAGAAAUUUCAUAUUUUCCAUCGGUCUAUCAUCUAACAUAUUAGUUUAGACCAACCAAUCCGACCAGAUCUACCAUGACGCCGCUCUCAAAAGAGGGAAGCGAAGCCCCCGACUUGCCGUUACAUGCCGAUGAAAAAUCGGCUUCGACCCCCAGUCCCAGCGCCGAACGCCUCAUACGUGUACUAGAACCAGAGAAACAGGUACGUUUUGUAGAAACCAUUGCGGUGCACGGCCAUUUUUCUCUGACGGCAAUCGCCAAUAAAAAUAGAUUCUUGCAACUACAACUGGGCACGGUUACGAAAGCAACGAGGCAGCCUCGAUUGCAAACAAGAUCCUAAUUGAUUUCCGUCAUAUACUUUCUCAUUUUGUCGUGACAACGUAUAAAAAGGAUGGCAGUACGGAAUACAAGCGACAGCUCCUACACUGCUCUCCCACUCGGCUCGAAAAACUGAAGACCCAAAUGUCUUUCCGUCUAGAUGAGGGAAAUGGCAUAUGUCAUUAUCAGAUCGGGGUGGAGGACAACGGAUGUCAUUCUUUGAUAGAUUACCAUGCGUGCGCUGAGACGGCUAAAUUGUUGGAACACCUGGCACGCAGUCUCAACGCGGUUGUUUUGGAACGGAAAAUGAUCCAGAACGAAGUCUCGCCAUCAGUAGAUCACAUCUCUUUUGAAAGAAUGAAAGAUGCAGGUAUCAUCGAAGUUCUGGAAGAUUCGUUGCUUGGAGACGGAACGGAACAAUUGUUUGAGGAUCAGCAGAUGGCCGAAGACCAUUCUCGAGAACCCCAGGAAAACCAACCCAUCUUAAACAAGGCAAAAGGUGCUCUGACCAGAUGCGAGUUGACCAUUCAGAGAGUUGAGACUCAUUUAUUAGACCCAUCACCGGUUUCGAAGGCCCAAAAUAAGAAAAAUCAGGCAAAUGAAAAGUCAACACCGGAAGAGGAGAACUUAUCGGUCAAUGAAACUCUUUCAAGUCGAAAUGUUCGGAUCGCAGUUGUUGGUAACGUGGAUGCAGGCAAGAGUACUAUGAUUGGAACGCUGACAUCGUCUUUACUAGAUGAUGGUCGUGGGAGUAGCCGCACAUCGAUCAUGAAACAUCGCCACGAAAUUGAGAGUGGGCGAACAUCUACAGCUUCUACCCAUUUGAUGGGGUUUAGAUCAACUGGAGAAGCAGUCGCCGGAAGAGAUUCAGUGAGGGCAACUCGACGAAAGAGCGAGGAUGAAGUCGCAAGGGAAUCCUACCGCGUCGUAACUCUGAUGGAUUUAGCGGGUCACGAAAAGUAUCUAAAAACUACGUAAGUAAGGCAAUAUACCCGAGAGACAUUCGCAACCUCUCGAAUCUUUUAUUCCACAAGAUACUGACAGAAGUUUUUCUUUGAAUUCACAUAGCAUUCAUGGUGUAGCAUCUGGAAUGGCAGAUUAUGCUCUCAUUCUGGUCAAUAGUCGGCAUCCACCUACACACAUGACACACCACCAUCUCAAUUUAUGUGUGAGCUUUGGGAUCCAUGUUAUCAUUGUUUUCACCAAAGUUGAUGGCUGUCCAGAACACGCCUUCAAAACUUCUAAAGCAGAGGUUUCAAAACUAUUGAAACGCCCUGACAUCAAUAAGCGCCCGUUCGAUAUUCGGAGCGAGGAAGAUAUUGCGACUUGCAUGGGAAAACUUGGAACCUUAGCACCAAUGAUUUCUACAUCGUGUGUAACUGGGGAAGGCAUCGACCUGUUGAAAAAAAUGUUGUUUGAGCUCCCGAAGCGUCGACGGCAUGAGAAAAAGCAGAAUCGUCCAUUUGAGUUUCUUGUCGAAGACAUCUUUAAUGUUCCUGGGGUAGGGAGCGUGGUGUCCGGAUUUGUAAAUGCUGGGCAACUUACUACUGGUUCCAAUGCUCAUGUUUAUGUCGGACCUACAGAUGAUGGCUCAUUUAUGAAGACCAUUGCGAAAUCAGCCCAGAUUGCUAGAAUUAAUACCACGCAUGUGACGUCAGGACAAUCUGCAUGUCUUGCACUUGCACUAAGCAAAGAUAUGAGAAAAAAACUUAGACGUGGCAUGGUAGUGCUGAAGGAAGCUCCAACGUCUACGAGAGAGUUUGAAGCAGAGAUUUGCGUUUUGAAGGGAGAAGGUACAACUAUCAGAAGGUCAUACCAGGCUUUCGUUCAUAUUUUAAAUGUUCGGCAGAGUGCUUAUGCAAAGAAGAUUGAAAUUGUUAAUACUAACGCAAUGGGGCUAGCAUCUACACAUACGGCAUUGUAUGGAGAGGAGAACGAGAUAGUUUUAAGACCGGGGUGUAGGGCAAAAGUCCGAUUUCAAUUUGCACGACGACCUGUAAGUUUGAGCUUCCUGAACUGAUUGGGAGUAAAUGCAUGUCAAUUGUUUUCUGACAUUUAAUUCUGCUCUGAAAAUGGACUACAGGAAUAUGUCCGACCUGGAAUGAGGAUGUUGUUCCGAGAUGGUCGAGUUCGCGGGGUCGGACUUGUCACCAGUAUUCCAACUCUUCAGCCUGCUCAUUAAUACGUAUCAUUUUUUGUGUCUACUAUGUCAUAAUUUUUAAAGAUAAAUUUGGUUGUUCUGUUUGGUAAACUUUCUACUAGUACCUUUGAUUAAGAAGUUUCAUAAAUUGAUACGGUAAAGAUUACUGAUCUUAUUUGAAUAAUACUUCCUCCAUUCCUAAAUCAGUGUACCUAUGACCCUUUUGCUGUUCUGGGAUGAGUGUCCUAAAGUUAUUAACACUCAUAAACUGUUUUAUUUAAC